ACGUAGUUGAAGAAGAAUUAUUUACGGUUAAGUAUUCAUGCUUUUGGGUAGCACCUGGAUAAAAAAGUUAAAUUUUCUAACAACUUUGUACAAAAUCGAGCAAAAUGAUGCAACCGCAAAUACUGCUAUUAAAGGAAGGGACUGAUACAUCUCAGGGUAAGGCUCAGCUCAUUUCCAAUAUUAACGCUUGUCAGUUGGUUGUGGAUGCCGUUCGCACUACUUUGGGGCCAAGAGGCAUGGAUAAAUUAAUCGUCUCCAGAACCCAUAAAGCUACAAUCUCAAACGACGGCGCGACUAUUUUGAAGCUUCUUGAUGUUGUUCAUCCAGCAGCAAAAACCCUUGUCGACAUUGCCAAGUCACAAGAUGCAGAAGUUGGGGACGGAACUACCAGUGUAGUAUUGCUCGCCGGGGAAUUUUUGAAGGAGAUAAAGUCAUAUGUUGAAGAAGGAGUGCAUCCUAGAAUUAUUAUUCGUGCUGUUAGAAAAUCUCUACAACUUUGUCUUGAGAAAAUCAGUGAAAUUUCUGUUAAAAUUAACAAAGCCAAUGCUGAAGAGUUUCGUUCUUUGCUAGAAAAGUGCGCCGCCACAGCUAUGAGUUCUAAACUUAUAAAUCAACAAAGAGGAUUCUUUUCUAAAAUGAUUGUUGAUGCUGUAUUAUUAUUAGAUGAUCUUUUACCACUUGAUAUGAUUGGAAUUAAAAAGGUACAAGGUGGCGGUUUAGAAGAUUCAAUGCUGGUCGCUGGCGUGGCUUUUAAAAAAACUUUCUCAUAUGCUGGCUUUGAAAUGCAACCAAAAAUCUAUGAAAAAUGCAAAAUUGCUUUGCUCAACAUUGAACUGGAAUUAAAAGCUGAACGGAGUAAUGCAGAAGUUCGAGUGGACAAUGUUAAAGAGUAUCAGAAAAUAGUUGAUGCUGAGUGGAAUAUUCUUUACAAUAAGCUAAAGAAAAUCCAUGAAUCCGGAGCAAAUGUGGUUUUGUCGAAACUUCCUAUUGGUGAUGUGGCAACCCAAUAUUUUGCUGAUAGAGAUAUGUUUUGUGCAGGACGUGUGCCAGAUGAUGACCUUAAAAGAACUCUGAAAGCAUGUGGUGGUGCAGUUUUGACAACUGUUCAGGAUAUCAACGAUUCUGUAUUAGGAAGGUGCGAUUUAUUCGAGGAGCGCCAAGUGGGGGGAGAACGGUUCAACUUCUUCCGAGGUUGCCCCAAUGCAAAAACUUGCACUAUAAUCCUUAGGGGUGGAGCUGAACAAUUUUUAGAAGAGACCGAGAGGUCGUUGCACGACGCCAUAAUGAUCGUUAGACGAACGAUUAAAAACGACGCAGUAGUGGCUGGCGGCGGCGCAAUAGAAAUGGAAUUGUCGAAAAUGUUACGAGACUAUUCCAGAACGAUCGCGGGCAAAGAGCAACUGCUGAUUAACGCCAUAGCUAAAGCAUUGGAAAUAAUUCCGAGGCAGUUGUGCGACAAUGCUGGAUUCGACGCAACGAAUAUCUUGAACAAGUUACGGCAGAAGCACGCCCAAGGCCAUUGCUGGUAUGGCGUCGAUACCAAUCAGGAGGAUAUCAACGACAAUUAUGAGGCCUGCGUUUGGGAACCCGCGGUUAUUAAAGUGAACGCAUUAACCGCCGCUACAGAAGCGGCGUGCUUAAUUUUGUCGGUAGAUGAAACCAUCAAGAAUGAGAAGUCGGGGGAAGCUCCCCAAAUGGGUCGUGGUAUGGGCCGGCCCAUGUAGUUGCGGAGUAAAAAUAUAUUCACGUCACAAUUCGUGACGCAUUUUGUCAGUGCUUUUUUCACCAUUAAUGUCUAGCCGAAAUAUUUGUUUAAUUUCAUAAUUUUAGCAACUAAUAAAUAACCGAUUUUCAAAAUUGAUGGUGUGAUUUUUUGGUAG